CUCCCAUAGAAUUGCAAAAACCUGCCCAAAGGGUGUGUUUUAAGAGCGCUACGUAUAUUUGCUCUGCAUCACGCACUGCAGACAUGGAAAAAGCAGCCGGUGUGUGUGAAACAUUUAGUGUUCGCGCUAAAUGACAUCGUAUAAGUUCUUUAAGGAGCACUGAGGAGCUCGCGUGACGCUGCCGCGAAUUCAGCAAAGUCAUCCGUAGUUCAAGCGACUUUUCCUCGUCGUCUGGAUCGGGACAGCAUUGCAGGUUCCGAUGUUACCAGAAGAUAAAAACGACCAAUAUGAGGAAAACAUGAUUUGAGGACUGACUGUUAUCGAUUAGGAGUGUCUUGAGGUUGUCAUUGAGUGUCCUUUUAUCACGCGGUUUCUGAGGUGAUGAUGAUGAUGGACCUUACAGUGUUAUGAACGCCUUCAGCGAAUCUCCUCAGAGUUAAGCGUGGAUACCCGCUUAAAUUUCCGGCUUUAUAUGCAGGUAUAUACACAUUUAUUUGUCUAUAUAUCCUGGUUUGCAGUGUCUUCACCUGGAGAGUGCUUUACUCAAGCCAGGAACCCAAAAGCCUUUCAGAAUUCAGAGGUCAGAAAAUGAUCCAGGGGUUAACGUUACCCAGUAGAUUAAAACCCGAGCUAGUUAAAAAACUGACAGACUUGUUCAGAUAAUAUCGUGUAUCUGGAGAGACUUGCUUGCUCUUGAUCUUCUAUCAUGGAGCUGAAGAUGUUCAUCCUGGUCUUGGGGCUCCUGGUGGGCUCCGGCUCUCCAGACAUUGGCCCCAAUCAGGGGAAGUGCUCCGACAGUCUGGACCCCGGGCCCCAGGAUCAAGGGAACCACACUCUCACUCCUCAGUCCAAGAAGAACUUCCCGGUUCUGUCUUUUGGUUAUGAUCAUGUAAGGCUCCCCUUUGAGAUCUCUUUAUGGGUUCUGCUGGCUUCACUCAUGAAACUGGGGUUCCACAUGAUGCCUCGCUUGUCCUCCAUCGUGCCCGAGAGCUGUCUGCUGAUCGUGGUGGGUCUUCUGGUCGGUGGACUCAUGAAGCUGGUCGCCGAGGUCCCUCCAGUGCUGGAGUCCAAGAUCUUCUUCCUGUACCUGCUGCCUCCCAUCAUCCUCGACGCCGGAUACUUCAUGCCCAUACGGCAGUUCACUGAGAACCUGGGCACUAUUCUGAUGUUUGCAGUGGUGGGAACGCUCUGGAAUGCCUUCUUCGUGGGUGGUCUGCUGUACGGUGUUUGCCAGUUUGAGGGCCACAGACUGGUGAACGUGGACCUUUUGUCGUGUUUGCUGUUCGGCUCCAUCAUCUCGGCUGUGGACCCCGUGGCCGUGCUGGCUGUGUUCGAGGAGAUCCACAUUAACGAGCUUCUCCACAUCCUGGUGUUCGGAGAGUCUUUGCUUAAUGACGCCGUCACUGUGGUGCUGUAUCAUCUCUUUGAGGAGUUCUCCAGCGUGGGAACGAUUACUGUCAUGGAUGUGUUUCUGGGUGUGGUGUGUUUUCUGGUCGUGUCGUUGGGUGGUAUCGUGGUGGGUGCCAUCUACGGUCUCCUGGCGGCCUUCACGUCCCGCUUCACCUCGCACACGCGUGUCAUCGAGCCUCUGUUCGUCUUCGUCUACAGCUACAUGGCUUACCUGUCGGCCGAGGUGUUUCAUCUGUCCGGCAUCAUGGCACUAAUCGCAUGUGGUGCCGUCACGCGUCCCUACGUGGAGGCCAACAUUUCCCAUAAAUCCCACACCACCAUCAAGUACUUCCUGAAGAUGUGGAGCAGCGUGAGCGACACACUCAUCUUCAUCUUCCUGGGCGUGUCGACGGUGGCCGGGCCGCACGAGUGGAACUGGAUCUUCGUGGUGGCGACCCUCAUUCUCUGCCUGGUGGCACGUGUUCUGGGUGUUGUCGGCUUGACCUUCGUGAUCAACAAGUUCCGUAUCGUCAAACUCACGUCUAAGGAUCAGUUCAUCAUCGCUUACGGCGGUCUGAGAGGAGCGAUCGCCUUCUCCCUCGUCUACCUGCUGAACACGGAUCACUUCCCCAAGAGAAACAUGUUCCUCACCGCCAUCAUCACGGUCAUCUUCUUCACCGUGUUUGUGCAGGGCAUGACCAUUCGUCCUCUGGUGGACCUCCUGGCGGUGAAGAAGAAGCAGGAAACGAAGCGAUCUAUUAAUGAGGAGAUUCACACACAGUUUUUGGACCAUCUGCUGACCGGCAUCGAGGGCAUCUGUGGACAUUACGGACAUCAUCACUGGAAGGACAAGCUGAACCGGUUCAAUAAGAAGUACGUGAAGAAGUGCCUGAUCGCAGGCGAGCGCUCCAAAGAACCACAGCUGAUCGCCUUCUACCACAAGAUGGAGAUGAAGCAGGCCAUCGAGCUGGUGGAGAGCGGCGGCGGGUCCAAGCUGCCCUCGGCCGUGCCGUCCACCGUCUCCAUGCAGAACAUCCAGCCCAAGAAGUCUCCUCAGGACCGAGCGCUGCCGCAGCUCUCCAAGGCUCGUGAGGAUGAGAUCAGAAAGAUCCUACGCACAAACCUGCAGAAGACACGCCAGAGACUGCGCUCGUACAACAGACACACUCUGAUUGCUGAUCCAUACGAGGACGGCUGGAACGAGAUCCUCAUCAAACGGAAGAGAAUGAUGGAGCUGGAAAAGAAGAUAUCACAGAUGAACAAUUACCUCACUGUUCCCGCUCCAGCUCCUGAUUCCCCCACCAUCGCUCGAGCUCGGCUGGCUUCAGACCCUCAAGCAUGGGGCCUCAAGUCCCUCACAGAAAGCAUCCCUACCAUUAAAGUGGACCUCGCCUCACCGCAAAGCCCAGAGUCCUUUAACAUGGUGGACGAGAUCGGCAAGAAGGGAAGCCAGCCGAAGGCGAGCGAGGAGAAGGAUGGCCUCACCAUGAAAGUUCCCUCUACGACAAAGCCGAGAAAAGACAAAACUGCCAACGAGGACGACGACAAGGAGCCGCAGCAACGGUUAAUGCGCUGUCUGAGCGACCCGGGCCCCGCCGGCGAAGAGGACGAAGAGGACGAGCCCUUCCUCCACUGAGAGAUGAAUGAGAAUGGAUGUCUUGAAUCUACGGUCCUUGUGGAGGAUCACUAACUGCUGUAAAACAGAGGACAGAUGUGUAAUCUGUAGCAAGCCAAAACGGAAGGAAAAUGAACCAAAAUAAAGUAAAUGAAAGGGAGCGAUCAAUAUAAGCCAUUAUUAUGAUUAUCAUUUUAUUUAUCAUUGCUCUUUUCAGUUGAAGCCCGUUCACACCAAGGACGAUAAUUAUAAAGAUAACGAUGACGAUAAUAGUUGUAAAAAUCAUUCUUAAUAUUAAAGAAUAGCAGAUUCCACACCACAGCUUUAACGAUAUAAGCACAGAGACUCGAUACAAACAUCGACACCCAAUCAGAAUCCAUCCUGCUAUAGCGACCUGGAGAAUUUAAGCAUGCGCAAAUGUAGUAUGAUAAAAAGUGGAACUUCUACGACUAGCCAUAAUCAUGAGAAAAUCUAAAUAUGAGAUACUACGUCAUAAUUAUGAGAUAAAAGGUUGCAAUUAUGGCACGCUAAGUGAUAAGUAUGAGAUUAUGACAGUCAAAUAUGAGAUAAAAAGUAAACAGUAUGAGAGUAAUAAAUGUACAAAAUAUGAAAUAAUGAGUUAUAAAUAUGAGACAGUAAGCCAUAAUUAACCGUCAAAAUAUGAGAUACUACAUCAUAAUUAUGAGAUAAAAGGUUGCAAUUAUGGCACACUAAGUGAUAAGUAUGAGUUAAAAGCCGAAAUUAUGAAAGUCAACUAUGAGAUAAAAAGUAAACAUUAUGAGAGUAAUAAAUGUACAAAAUAUGAGAUAAUGAGUUAUAAAUAUGACAGUAAGCAAUAAUUGACAGUCAAAAUAUGAGAUAGUACGUCAUAAUUAUGAGAUAAAAGGUUAAAAUUAUGGCAUGUUAAGUUAUAAGUGUGAGUUAAAAGCCGAAAUUAUGACAGUCAACUAUUAGAUAAGAAGUAAACAUUAUGAGAGUAAUAAAUGUACAACAUAUGAGAUAAUGAGGUAUAAAUAUGAGACCGUAAGCAAUAAUUGACAGUCAAAAUAUGAGACGUUAAGUCAUAAUAAUUAUGAAACAAGAAGCCAUAAUAAUGAUGUAUCUCAUAUUUUGACUUUUAAUUAAUUCAUUUAAAAAUAAACAGACAAUAUCCUCCUCUGCUGAUGUGGACGCUAAUAUCAUUAUAAUUAUCGUUCUUGGUGUAAAUGGGGCAUAACACUGUCCGUGCCAGGCAUGAUGUGACUCAAAUCCUAAGCGAUGAGUGAUUGUCAUUGAGCUCCUGUUAUUAAACAUCAGGUUUAUUAUUUCUGGUCACAUCGUGUCCGGUUGGGAAGUCAAUGUUCCCGUCUUGCAUUGGCUAUGGAAUAAUAAUAUUCCACACGAGGGGAACAGAUCUAUGCAUAACCAAACGCUCGCACUGUUCAGUCUAUUCAGGUGAAGCGCUUCUGUUGUUGUUUUCAAAGCAUUGAUGCAUUUUCUAGUUCACGAUGCUCUUGUGUUCAUUCACGUGAAUUGCCUUUGUUUUCGUGACGUGAGUAUCACUAGUUGUAUUUUACCUCUAGGGGAAUUUGAUUGGUUUAUCAGGAGAAAUAUGAAACCGGUUGCAUUACGGCCUUUCUUAUAUUUAUCAUACAGAUGGUGCGUAUUUACACUGGCUUAUUAUUUCAUCCUACAAGUGGAGGACCAUUCAAAUCACGCACAUAACAAACCUGAGAAAAAAAACUAUAAACUUGUGAUUGCACAAGAGAUUCACAUAUGUAAAGAUUUUAUUUUACACCAAAAAUUUGAUUGUGAUCGUGUUUCCUGUUUUCUUUGCUUGUACUUUAUAUCAAAGAACACUUUGGUCUGAUAGUCUUUAAAUUCCCUUUAAAUGCACUCAAGCGCUUUGGUGACCGCUCAUGACCACUCUGUUAAACAUCUGGACCGUCAUAUCAGCAAAUUUUGAUUUAAGGGAAUAGUUCAUGCAGAAAGAACACAAUUCUGUCAUUGUUUACUCGCCUUCAUUUAAUUCCAAACCCAUAUGCUGUUAUUUUUUUUUCUCAUUGGAAAGACAAAUGUUGAUCUUAACGCAGCUCUUUUCCAUAAACGUUUAUAGUAACCCAAUCUGGGGAUCUCCAAAAAAAGCAUCAUGGGAAUAUCUAAACUUUACAUUAUAUUCCAAUUCAUAUGAUUAAAGAAGCCCAUUUCUGCUACAGAAAGUCAUGGUAAAUCAUAAUUAUGACAUAAAACAUCAAAAUGUGAGAUACCAUGUCAUAAUUGUGUAGACAAAGUCAUAAUUAUGACAUGAUAUCUCAUAUUUUGCAUCAUAAUUUUGAGAAAAUUCUAAAUUAUAACACCAAGAAUAGUUUGAUUAAAAAGUGGAAAUCCUAAGAUAAGUGAUUUUAUGACAGUGACACUAUGAGAUAAAAAAUAAACAUUAUGAGGGUAAUAAAUGUACAAAAUAUGAGAUAAUGAGUUAUAAACAUGAGACAGUAAGCCAUAAUUAUGAGAUAAAAGGUUACAAUUAUGGCACGCUAAGUGAUGCAUUAAAAGCCGAAAUUAUGACAGUAAACUAUGAGAUAAAAAGUAGACAUUUGAGAUGCUGAAUCAUAAUUAUGAGAUAAGCCACAAUUGACAUCAAAAUAUGAGAUACUAAGUCUGAAUUUUGACAUACUAAUUUAUGAUAAAAGCUAUUAAAAAGUCAAAAUUAUCAGAUAGAAAGUCGAAAUUGUCCGAGUUGAAAUUAUGAGAUAAAAACUUGAAAUCGACAGUCAAACUUUAACUAGAAAGUCAAAAUUAUUAAAUAAAAAUAAUAAAUUGUCAUGCAAGUCAUAAUUAUGAGAUAAAGUGGACAUUUAUUUAUAUGAUAAAAGCUAUUACAAAGUCAAAAUUAUCAGAAAGUCAAAAUUGUCCAAGUUGAAAUUAUGAGAUAAAACGUUUAAAAAAAAAAAAAAAAACGUAACCUACCAAGUCAAAAUUAUUAAAUAAAAAGGAUAAAUUAUGGCAUGCAAUAAAUCCUAAUUAUGAGAUAAAGUGUAAAUUAGGACAAAAGGUCAAAAACAAUGUGAGAUGAAAUUAUGACAUGAAAGUAAUAAUUGUGAGAUAUUAAGUGACUUCAUGCAAACAUCGAAUCAAUUAUGACUUCGGUCAUAAUUAUGAUUUACAAAAGCAUGCUCCCCCCCCCCCCCCCGUUUCUCGUUCCAUAGUAAAGACCUGAAGCGGAGUAAAUGAAAACAGAUGUUUUAUUUUUGGGUGAAUUAUUCCUUUAAUACCUGCAGACGAACACUUUCCCGAAACCCUUUGCCAUGUAGCUCUGCAUUCUCACACACUCACACACACACACACACACAUGUGAUAGAAACGCAGGUUCGGAAAUGUUGAUUUGUGUUGCAUGACCCCCAAACAGUGUGAUUGUAUCCCGAAAGAGCUAUGCAGAGUCUGAAGUAUGAAUUAUAUGAAUUAUUCCCUUUAAAGCCUUUGCACCGCGAGUAUCAAAACACAGGCCUUUGAUUCUCCCGCAACCGAGAGGUGCAUUGCAUAUUUUAGAAAGAAUCAAUAAUAUAUCAAAAUCAGAAAGUCUUUUGCAUGCACAGAGAGUAGAUUAGUCUUAUUUUAAUGUGAGAUGUGGUAAAAUCGUAUCUAUAUAUUUUACAGAUGUGACCUCUAAAGCGUCCGGAGAUGUCUAUAUUCCGCUUUGAAGUAUUACAGUGCUAACUGACCAGUUAUUUAACUUUUUGACUUUUGCCUUUGAGAAGAGAGGAGGCCUCGUCUUCUGCCUUCCCCAUCAGAUUCGUCACGGCCUUCGCUUUCGGCUGGUUUUGGGAGUUUAGCUGCUUUCAGCUGGUUUUGGUCUCUGAAUGAAUGCUCACAGCAGUAAUAGGUUUUGAUGCAUUAUACAUUGACUGCAGUAUUCACAUCAACACGGGGGAACAUUUAAAAAAUUCUGUCAUUAUUAACUCAACCUUAUUUUGUUAUAAACCUGUAUGCUGUUAUUAGUCAGUAGAGUUUUUUUGUUGUAUAACCUAGUUUCUACUAAUAUUGUGAGUUAGUUUUUUUAAUUUUUAUUUUUCUGAUUUAAUUUAAAUAAUUUUCUCUAGUAAUCUUGCUGUGUUUGUGUCAUUUAUAGGAGUUUUUUUUUAUAUAUAACCAUAUCAUUUUUAUUAUUAAUUGAGUUAUUUUAUUACAUCAAGUUCUUUUUGUUACUUUGUUGUUGUUUUUAAAUAUAUAUAGGUUUAAUUGAAUUAUAUUUUAGUUUUAAAUUUAUUAUUAUAGUUUAGUUUUAGUUAGUUUAGGACAUCAGGUUAAAGUCAAUUAAAAUGAUUAUUUAUUGCUUAAGUUAUUAUUUUAGUUUUUAUUCAUUUUUAUUUUAGUUUUAGUACAUCAAAUUAAGCUUAAUAUAAAUUAUUAUUAUAAAUGUUGCCUUGGCAAGAAUCUAAAAUAAACAAGUUUUUAUAUUAUGUAAUAUUUUUAUGUUUUUAUUUAUUUCUACUUUAUUUUAUUUCCGUUAUUUCAUACAGUUUUUAUAUUUACAUUUUCUUAUUUAAUUUUGAGUUAACCGGCUUGUAACAACACAAGGUUGAUUAAAUAAUUACAGAAUUUACAUUUUUAAAUGAAAUAUUCUUUAAAACGUUUAUUUGCCUUUGACAUGAAGCUGAAUGCCAACGAUCUGCCCUUUUUUAUGCAAUUCUUUAUAUUUAACAAGUAUGCAUGCUUUUUGUUUGUCCUUGUGUUAUUUUUCUUAGUGUUUUUUAUUGCUUGCCACUGAUUCUUUUGAUUGAGUAACACUUGUGUAUUUUUUAAAUCAUAUUCACCAUAAAGCCUCUUUAUAAAGACAUCAUGUAUGAUGUAUUGAUGUCUGCUUUACGACUGUUUACUUUUUUUGCUUUGCAUAAUUUUGCCUUGUUUUCAGAGUUUUAUCAUGAAGCACAUGGACAAUUCUGUGCAUUUACAUUAUUUUGGUUUGUAUUUGUGCAUGCUGUAACUGUAAACUGCUGUUCAUCUGUCAUCUUGCAGAUCAGAUUCAGAUGCAUCAUGCUGUUUGUGUUUUCUGAAAGAUUUUAGAUUAUCCUGAAGAACUGUAACCGCUCUCAAACAUGCUUUAACUCCUUAUAAAGCUAUAUACGGAAAAUGCAUGAGUUAUUUAUGUGCUCUUAUUUAUUUCAGACAAGUGUGGAACAAUCGGUUAAUUUGUGCUUAAACAUCUCGUUUCAUAAUUGUGAGCUUUUGUUUCUAAACGCAGAUUUAAGAGGCCGUUUGAAGCACUUUAUCAUGAACCACCUUUAAAACAAACAUUUUUUAAAAUACAGCAAUAAUAAGCCAUCAUUCAGUGAACAUUUACUACAGUAAACGCACAGAUUUUACCUCUCUGUGGAAUGUAAAGUCAUGUAAUGUCAUAGGCAGGUUUGAGAAGGGUAAGUUGAUUUUAUAUGGGCUAAGGUGUGGAUUUUUAACUUGUAUAUAGGAACGAUUAUUUGUUGUGGGUCCAAAUAUCAUGAGAGCUUCAUCUAAAUGUUAUUAAUAUACUGUUAUGUAAUCUAUUCAUGUCUUUUUCUCUCCUGUUCUGAUUGGACUAAUUCAUUGUAAUUUGAAAUUGCAAUAAAAUGUUUAUUUUACACAUACACACACAAUAUAUAUAUAUAUCUAAAUAUAAGAUUUGAGAUAUAUACUACUGUACAUAAAUGUAAAAAUCUGAGUGUAGCACUACAAGGAUCCACUGUAUUUGUUGAGUCACUUCAGCAUUCGCUCUUGCAUUCUGGGAACUAACAUUUGUGUAUCAUCAAAGAUACAUGAACGAUGUUUUCGUUUGCCAAAAGCACCUGCUUUCUCUUUGAUGUGAAUGCGCGGUUGGUUUGAUGUAUUGAGAUGUGAGUGCACGGCUCGAGCAGCAGAGGGCGCUGCUCUUCAUUCAUGGAAGUGAGUGGGAAUCUGCUGCUGGAGUCAAAAACAGACCUGGAAUUCUUCAAUAAAGGUUCAGUGAAGAAAGUUUAACUUUUGGGAAAAUCA